AUGAACCUUGCCACAAUAGAGCGCUAUCACAACUACGUCAAGCUACGAUUAGAAGUCUCAAUUCUAUCACACGUGCCACUUACGCCAUCAGUCACACACGUACAUGAGAAGGCACGCAAAGCAGGGCAUACUCUAGCUCUAACUGGUGUUACAGCCACAGCUGAGAUGAAGGCACUAAAGGAAAAUCAGCUUCAACGGUCUACUCUCCUCGAUAGGACGUCAGUUAUAGGAAGGUAUCGUCCUCUUACCGUGGGUGACGCGAGAAUUCGAGUUGCCAAGGAUGAAUAUAAUAGAGUAGCAGCACAGGAGGAUGAGAGGCAGCGUUUGAGGAAGAAAGAAGCUCGCAAUGAGGCAGCCUAUGUACGCCGCUGGCUUCGGGAGGUUAGAUCAAUCGUUAGGUCUAGCAUCACGAAAAUAGCGAUGCACGAAGUCCAACAGCAGGGCAACUGGCAUAAGAGCGAUCGACGCGCUCAUCUUAAUCGCCUAGACUGGAUGUGCCAGCGCUACCGUCUCCAUCGCCAACUCUUCUAUCACGGUUGGAAGCGUAGCAAUACAAUUAAGUGGCCUGAAGAUUAUGAUAGUAAGAUAAUCGGCAAAGCCGUCAACCUGGUGGUUCAAAAUGGCCAGGAUCGUACAGUAAACCGCCAGGCGCUCUGUCUAGAGACCGAUGGGAUCGAGAUGACGAUGGUUGAGGAUAGAGAGAGCCCAGUAGGCGACUGUAUAAUAGUGAAGGAAGCGGAGGAGAUUAGGAGCAAAAUCAACGGCGUAAUGUGUAGUUAA